UUUCCGGAUGCAAAUUGUUAUUUAUGCUAUUUCCAUUUUUCACAAAACUUAUUAAAACAGCUGAAUUGUCGAGGGUUGAAAAUGCUGUAUUCCAGUGAUAUGGAUGUUUAUAUGACUGUAAAACACCUACAAGCGCUCUCCUUUCUCCCACAUUCGAGGAUUGCAAGAGCGUUCGAAUGUAUCGCGACCUACAUACCGGCAAAACUAGCUGGCUUCUUGGAAUAUUUCAAAGUGACAUAUAUUACAGUGCGAAACAACAACAAAAGGCCAAUGUUUCAUCCCGCUCUCUGGUCAAAUCACAAUGUAGUGAUGGGACGUUUGCCACUAACGACCAAUGCUCUCGAGGCGUGGCAUCGACGAUGGACUGAAAUUGUUGGAUGCAGUCAUUUAUCCAUCACCAAGAUUAUAUCGGAAUUACGGUCGGAACAACACGAAAUUGAAGGACGAAUUCUACGAAUUUUUCAGGAAAACGUUCCCCAAGGAUCUCAAAAUAGUUGCGAUAAAAUAAGAGAUAUAUGUCUGAAAUGUGAAAAUAUCACUGAUGAAAAUUUUGUAAAGAAUGUAGCACUUUUGUUGUCCUCGAAACAAAAAAGGGUUUAA